GCCUCCAUCCUGCUAUUAGAUCCGCUCGCGAUUGGACAUCAACUCUCUUUUUCAUCGCAAAAUUACUCUAAUUGUUACGGGCGGCAUGGAACCCGCUACAGUUUCAGCGCACGAUCAGGCGCUCAGCUACAUCUCGGAUCCUCGCUUCAGCCAAGAGUUUAUUCUUCCCGGAACUGCAAACCGCGACGCCCUCACUGUAUGCUAUGCUGACCUGGGAUUCAAGCCCGAAUCUCCGGCUGCAAGUCGCAGUACGCCAACUGUGCUCUUCAUCCCCGGCAUGUUUGGGUCCAGAUAUAUCGGGGCCCUUUUGGAUCCAGUCGCACGUAAAUUGGGAGUGAGAGUUGUGGUAGUCGACAGACCUGGGAUGGGCCUUUCAACCCGCGUGCCGCUUUCUCAACGGCUUUCAACGUGGAUUGAAGUCGUUCCCCCUCUACUGGCACAUUUAGAUAUCGAGCAUAUCGCCCUAGUCUCGCAUUCAUUUGGGGUGAUGUACCUGCUUAAUACCUUGCAUCAUUACCGGAAUAUGCUGCAUCCUGAGCGGCCUUUUGUUGCAUUGAUGGCGCCGUGGGUUGAUCCAGCGCAAUCGAAACUUACAUUAUGGCAGAUGGCCCAGUAUAUCCCGACUCCAGCCAUCAAUGUGAUGAAUCGCAUUACACCUGCAUUCGCCACAAGUGGAACUAUUUUAACAAAGGCCAGCAGUUUUCUCUCUUCUUCUAUCUCUUCUAUCAGCGGUGGUGACGGGCAAGAGCUUUCUUUCCAGGAGAUAAAUAGGAAAAAGCUAGCGACCGACUAUGACCUGCCAAGGGAUGUACAGCUGGAACUAGGACCGAUGCGUAUGAAGAAAAUUUUCGAGGGAGGCACCACUGGUGCCAAUGAUGAGGCACUUCAGUGCUUGAGAAAAGGCGACCGAUCCUCUUGGGGAGAGUGUGAUGACUACAAUGUCUUUGUAAAAGCAUUGGUGAGCGCUGAAAGGCAAAAACAACAGCUGGACGCAAAUUCUCAAGGCCACGCGAAGCUAAAAGUGAGGGCAUAUUUUGCCGAAAGCGAUGUUAUGAUUGGUAAAGAGGGCCAGAAGUACGUUGAAGAAUGCUGGGGAUGGCAAGAGAACACAUUCGACGACGUCAUUGACUUCAGCUCAGCUACUGUCGCUGAUACUGACCAUGACAGCGUUAUGGAAUCUAUUGAAACACUCGAGAAGAUCUUCAAGGAUGUCAAGGGCAGUCUAACAUGAGAGUCGAUAUAUUGGGUUGAGAAAGGGGAGACUGCUUGACAGUUAUAAUCAUUCCGUAUGCAGUAUAUACCCCUAGAUAAUGCCAGCACAGUAGUCUAUAGUUUUAAUAAUUCUGCCAUUCAG